AGCUUCGCCGCCCAGCGCUGGAGACCCAGCGCCGCUGGGCCUGGGGGCGACGCGGGAGCUCAGGCCCCGGCCGCAGCCCCUGCUGCUGAGGAGGAAAGCACACAUCAUUUCCCAAAUUUAUUAUCUGCAACAAAGAUGUAUCCUGCCUUAGGGUAGCGGACUGAAUGUGGUGAACUGGCUGCUUAAAGCCAUAGGAUUCUUCGAUGGAAGACUAGCAGACCUCUAGGUACCACAUGCAGAUGUUUGCCAUGGCAUCCACGACUCCAUCGUUUACCUUCAAGGAGUUCUGUCCCUUGUACUAUCUCCUCAAUGCCAUUCCUACAAAGAUCCAAAAGGGAUUCCGUUCCAUUGUGGUUUACCUCACUGCACUUGACACGAAUGAGGACUACAUUGCUGUGGGCAGCAGUAUUGGAAUGUUGUAUUUAUACUGCAGGCGCUUGAACCAGAUGAAAAAGUACAAUUUUGAGGGGAAAAAUGAGUCUAUCACUGUCGUGAAAGUCUUGAGCUGCUUUGAUGAUCUUGUUGCUGUUGGGACAGCUUCAGGCAAGAUUGCCAUUUUUCAGCUUGUCUCGUCCUUGCCAGGGAGAAACAAACAGCUUCGGAGGUUUAACGUGUCUGGGAUCCACAAAAGUAGCAUCACAGCCUUGGCGUGGAGUCCCAAUGGAAUGAAAUUGUUCUCUGGAGAUGACAAAGGGAAAAUUGUGUAUUCUGCUUUGGAUCUGGAUCAGGGUCGUUGCAACUCCAGUUUGGUACUGGAAGAGCCUUCUUCAGUAGUGCAGCUGGACUAUAGCCAGAAAGUGUUGCUGGUCUCCACAUUACAGCGAAGUCUGCUUUUUUACACUGAAGAAAAAUCUGUCAAGCAAGUUGGAAGCCAACCCAGAAAAAAUACUGGCAAACUUGGAGCAUGUUUUGUACCCGGGCUGUGCAAGCAGAGCGACCUGACCCUGUUUGCUGCAAGGCCAGGGAUCCGCCUUUGGAAAUCAGAUGUUCAUGGGACUGUUCAGGCCACGUUUAUUUUGAAAGAUGUAUUUCCUGUUGGAAUGAAACCUUUUGAAUUAUAUCCCCGACUGGAACCCUUAAGCAACAGUAGCUGCAAUUUCCCAGACAGGCAACUUGGACUCAUUUCCUGCUUCUUCCAGGAAGGAUGGGUGCUGAGCUGGAAUGAAUAUAGCAUCUAUUUAAUAGAUACAGUAAACCAGACCCUGAUUGGGAGUUUGGAAGGAUCUGGCGAUAUUGUGUCUGUAUCCUGCACAGAAACUGAGAUUUUUCUCUUAAAGGGAGACAGAGAUAUCAUUAGGAUCUCAAGCAGACCAGAAGGAUUGGUCUCAAUAGAUAGGAAUGGAAGGUCGAUGAGCCCGCUAUCCGAUACGAGCCCCAAGUUGCAGAGCCCGUACUCUGUUGCUGCGGCGUCUGUUUUGUCCGAACCUUCUCCAGAAGCGAGCCAAACGCGGGGCAGCUUCCCUUCGUCCCAAACGCCUGGCGGCAGGAAUGACUCUGUCGCCAGAGCAGACCUGGAAGUGGCGCUGCUAACGGAGAGGAUCCGUUCCCAGAGCUUCAAUGGGUUCGGGGACUUGAGCAGCGACCCGAGAAGGCGGGGCUACUCAGUGGCCAGUGAGCCCAGAAGCAGAAGCACCUCAGUCAGUUCCGUGGGCAGCGGCUGCAGCUUCGGGACCAGUGGAGAACAGGCCUCGGUCCAAGUCCAUAAAGAAGGUCUGCUUUCUUCGCAGCGGUUCAGUGUGAUCAGCUCCGAAGACUUCAACCAGGAGCUGGUCGUCAAGCCGAUGAAAGUGAAGAAGAAGAAAAAGAAAAGACCUGAAAACUCGAGAUACCUCAGCUCUCUGGAAAGCACACCGUCCUGUGAACAUCGAGACUUUGUUGACAGCUCUCAGUCUGUCAAUGUGGACUCUUUCUCCAUUGAAUCUAGCCUCAUGGGCAGUUCUGAAGACCAGGAAAGCAUAUUCUGUGUCGAAUCCCAAAAUGUGCCACAGGAGGAAAACGGCUCUGAAACAUUCAGCGUCCUUCAGUCCCCGGAGUCGAUAGCUGCUCUGACACCAGAGGACGACGAUGCGGCAGAAGUCCUGAAAUGUUCCAACGGCGAGAGCGAAGUAGGCACAUCUCCUGCUAGGAGCUCCUUGGCUUCCGGUUCCCCCUUGCUUCUCGCAGAAGAUAAAGCGGCUAGCGAUGGCGCUGAAUGUCAUUGGAGCUGUAUGUCUGAACAAAACGAAAUCGUCUCAAAACCACCAGCCCAGGAUGAAGAGUGUUGUUCUAUCCUGCAUAAAACAGAAGGCACUUUAGCAAAGUUAGUUGCUUUUGAUUCUCUGGAAGAGACAAACCCCGAGAAAGGGAUGUCUGGAGAUGUGAAAGCCAGCCUUAGUGCUGAGGACUCAUUUGGCCAGGAGGUGGGAGUUGAGACCCACACAGAACAGAAGAAGCAGCUACCUCUAACGGACCCAGUCCCCGCCAGUCCCCUUCCUGCCCCUUUUGAAGAGGAGAGCGGUCUUCAAGAGAGUGCGUUACCCGGGCAAGAUUUCAGGGAGCCACGGACGGCUAACCCCAACACUAGCGCUUCCAGUGAAUGGAUAAGCAACGCCUCCGAUGCCACAGCUGAGAGAUCUGCAUCGAGUGAUGAAGAGGAUAUCUACAGGCACGGCUUGCCUUACUCUUCCUCUGAGACGAGUGUGACAGAAAUGGGGGGCUGCCUCCCGCCCCAGGAAAAAGUCAGAACCAGCUUAGAUGAAGGAGCGCUUUUAAAGUCGGAUCAGUUUGCAGAAAGCUGGAUGGGCUACGCAGGUCCUGGCUAUGGAAUACUGAGCCUGGUUGUCUCUGAAAAGUACAUUUGGUGCCUGGACUACAAAGGCGGUCUGUAUUGCAGUGCUUUACCUAGUGCUGGUCUGCGCUGGCAGAAGUUUGAAGAUAAUGUCCAGCAGGUGGCAGUCUCUCCUUCAGGGACUCUUCUCUGGAAGGUCGAGCACAAAACCAAUAAAGCCUUUGCCUGUGGAAAAGUGACUAUUAAAGGGAAACGUCACUGGUACGAAGCUUUGCCUGAGACAGCGUUUGUAUCUUUGAGUGAUGACACAGCCUGGAUUAUCCGAACAAACGGCGAUCUGUACCUGCAAACAGGCCUGAGUGUGGAUCGUCCCUGUGCCAGAGCAGUAAAAGUGGACUGUCCCUAUCCGCUCUCGCAGGUUACAGCCAGAAAUAACGUUGUCUGGGCAUUAACUGAGCACCGUGCGCUUAUGUACCGCGAGGGGGUAAGCAGCUUCUGCCCUGAAGGGGAGCAGUGGAAAUGCGAUGUCAUCAGUGAGAUGCAAGCUCUAGAGCCGGUGUGUGUGACUCUUGGAGACCAGCAGACCAUAUGGGUUUUAGACAUCCAUGGCAAUCUGUGGUUCAGAACGGGCGUUGUUUCAAAGAAACCACAAGGGGAUGAUAACCACUGGUGGCAAGUAAGCAUUACGGAUUACGUAGUGUUUGACCAGAGCAGCCUUUUCCAGACCAUCAUCCAGGCAACCCAGACAGUGGCCACAGCAGCUCAGGCCCCCGUCGAGAAGGUGGCAGACAAACUCCGCACGGCUUUCUGGCCACAACCGCUUCAGUGUCAGCCGAGUCUUCUCGCCGUCAGCAGCGGUGGCGUCUGGAUCUCGUCGGGGAAGAACGAGUUUCACGUAGCGAAGGGAAACCUUGUAGGUACUUAUUGGAAUAACGUCGUGCCUCGCGGCACUGCUUCGGCCACAAAAUGGGCGUUUGCAUUGGCUUCCGCAGCUCCAGCAAAAGAAGGGAGUUUCCUGUGGUUGUGCCAAAGCAGCAAGGAUCUCUUUUGCGUCAGCGACCAAAACCCGCAGUUUCAUCCUUCGACUGUUCAGCUACCCCCUGAUGACGAAAUAGAAUACUAUUCAGCCUGCCAGGAUGCCAUAUGGAGCCUGGACCACCUGGGACGGGUCUUCAUAAGGACACUCUCGCCAAAUUGCCCCACUGGGAUGCACUGGACCAGACUGGACCUUGCUCAGUUAGGUGCUGUGAAGCUUAAAAGUUUGGCAUGCGGCAAACAGCACAUCUGGGCCUGUGACAGCGGUGGUGGAAUCUACUUCCGGGUCGGGACCCAGCCGCUGAACCCAAGUUUGAUGCUGCCUGCAUGGAUCAUGAUUGAGCCACCAAUCCAGCCAGUUGGAGUCAACUUGGUUAGUGUGUUCUCAAGUCCCAACGACCAGAGCCUGUGGGCGAUCGACAACAAAUGGAACGUCCAUGUUCGCACGGGGAUUACAGAGGAGAUGCCUGUAGGCACAGAUUGGGAACAGGUUCCAGGGCUUCAGGCAUGCCAGCUGACGAUAAGUACAAGGACUGUUUGGGCACGUUGUCCGAAUGGCGACAUAGCACGUCGGUACGGCAUCACGGAUAAAAACCCCGCAGGAGAUUACUGGAAGAAGAUUCCAGGGAAUGUUUCUUGUUUGACAGCUACUCCUCUAGAUGAACUGUGGGCCGUUGGUCCUUCGGGCUGCCUCCUCCAGCGCCUCACAAAGACCUUCCGCCAUUCCCACACGUUGCAGAAACACAGCGACGCUUCCAUGUCCUUUCACUCAGAUGAAGACGAAUGGGAGGUAAUAUGAGGCCCCCAAGGACCUGGAGCGCUAUAACAGCAUGGACACGCACGUGGGAGUGUUGGGCCAGCGUCUGACAACAAUCAGCACUUUGAUAUAUAAAACACUGACUUUGUCCAAUAUCCCCCCAAACUGUGUCGUGAGGUUGUCUUGUUUCUGUAUCUCUUGGGCGAGGUGGGCAACUUGGCUUUAAGAAGUCUUUACCGUAGCUGUACCGUUUAAAAAUACUUAUCGAUUUAACCUCGUUAGCAGCAAAACAAAUGUUGCUCUAGCAUGCAAAUUAAUAUCUGUGCGACAUCGGGGAGGAAGUCUGUGACAUAGGCUGAACAGCAGAAAUGCAUUUUUUAAUGUCCUUGCACUUUUACACCGCGUAGGGGGAAAUGGGUGCAAGGUGGAAGACGGUUACUUUUCAGAACGAGAUAACCCUUCUCAGUAGAAAGUCAACGCGGCAAGGCAAGGCACAGUUUGGCAAUUGAGGCGAAAACCUCUUGGGACCAUUUUCCUCGUAGCUUCCAGGGUUCCUCUGAACCUUUGCUCUGCAGUUACUAAUUUCAAACCUUGCUGAAAAGUUGGGGUUCCUCCAAGAAUUUGUGCAGGCAUUGGCUCCUCGUAUGCCUAAAACCGGGACACUAAUGGCUUUUGUUUCAUAGAUACCCAUGAGAGGAUUAGGCAGAACAUUGAAAGUCAGGCUUGUAAUAUGAAGGGAGGGGCUGUGGGUGCCCAUUGAGAUCCAUGCUUGGCCUGACUGAACUGUAACCGGAGGAGACUCUGAAUUUCCACUUUUGUAUCACGAAACAAAACGAAAAUAAAGAAAUUGCAUCUCA